AUGACAUUGAUGUGUGGUUUUUUUGGUAUAGGAUCGACAUCUGAAUCGGAGAAAAUAAAUAAUGAUGAUGUCAAUCUUGGAUGUGACGAAGGUGCACGUAAUGAUCAAAGUAUUAGUGAAAAGGUUUUCGAUACACCCAAUGAUGCGUAUACAUUUUAUAAUGAUUACGCAUUUUUACAUGGAUUUGGUAUACGUAUUCAUUGGAAAUUAAAGAAUAAGACAGCAAAUGAGCAUUAUCGGAAGACAUAUGUAUGCAACAAAGAAGGUUUCAAAUGCUUGAAAGUUAAUAAUUCAAGUGGAAAAGUGAUAAAACGUCGUAGAGAAGUACGAACGGGAUGCAAAGUAACGAUUCGAAUUUCAAAACAGAAGGAUGAGAAAUGGAUUGUGGACAAGUUUAAUGGCACACACAAUCAUGCCUUGAGCUUGACACCACCGAAGGUAAUGAAGCAUAGAUCGCAUGGGAAGUUCCACCAUACUAUGGAAUGCAGAUCUCUUAUGGUGCAAUUUGGUCAAGCAGAUUUGAAGCCUUCUCAAAUUAAAAAGGCUAUUAACGCAAUGAAAACUUCAGAUGAAGCCAAUGUUACUUCAAAGUAA